ACGAGAUGCUGCGGAGAUCUUUGCUCCCGUUGGCGCGCCGCGCCUUCCCGCGCUCUGCGGCCGCCGUCGCGCCGUCCUGCGCCGCCCCCAAGUUCUUCUCGCGCGCGCUGAGCGUGGCGGAGCAGAGCCAGCGCCACGUGAUCGCCGCGCUGGUGGUCAACCAGCCUGGCUGCCUGGCCGAGAUCGCCAACCUCUUCGCCGCCCGAGGAUACAACAUUGACAGUCUCGUCGUGGGCCGUACGGAGGUGGAGGAGCUCUCCCGCAUGACGGUGGUCGUGAACGGCACUGCUCAGAGCGUUGUCAACAUGAAGAAGCAGCUGGAGGACGUCGUGUACGUGGCUGUGGUCAACAUCUUGAGCAGUGGCAAGAACGCCGAGAAGAAUUACGUCGAGCGCGACCUGAUGCUGGCCAAGGUGUCUACUGCCGAGGCUGGAUCUCGUGCCGAGGUGGUGGAGCUCGCCAACCUGUUUGACGCCAAGGUGAUUGACGUGCGACCGCACCAGGUCAUGGUGCAGCUGGCCGGUACCCCUGGCCGCAUUGAGGCCUUCCUGGACCUGCUGAAGCCGCUGGGCAUCACGGAGAUCCACCGCAGCGGUGUCAUUGCUAUGGCACGCAGCACCAGUGUGACCGACAAGCUGGGCGACCUCUCGACGUUUGAGGGCGCUACCCGUACGCUUCUGGACGAAGCUGACGACGUAGAGGUUGACGUUUCGCGUCUUCCCCCUGGAUAAGCGACCGCAGAGGUGUUGGUAGCGUCUGCGGUCUCGCGACCGCUUUUUCUUGUCAGUAGUUUGCAUUUGGGACCGCGCGACGGCGUAGUACGUCGUCCAUUCGGGGAGCGAGCGUAUUAUCGUACGUUGAUCGUCUCAGGGGAGUUGAAACGAGUACUCGUAAUAAAGUCAAAUUGCAACC